AUGAAAACGAUAAUUAAGCGUACAUCCUUCGCCCGCCGGCUGGCCGCUAGCUGGGGGCCCGAAAAAUGCGAGGAAUCCGAUUCGAGUAGCACAGAAUCCCAUCCAAACACGUCCUCAGAAGAGCAACAGGGCUUACAAGAUGCCGGCGCUCAGUUGUUCCCCGGUCUCACGUCGGUAGAGGAACUAAUGGCAGAUCCAGUGUAUACUCCUUCACUUGAUGCGACCGCCGGCGCGUCAGCCCUGGUGUUCCCGGCAGAAACUAUUGAACAGGGAACUACAGACGGGGAGCAAGCAAGUCUUAAAAGGAGAUUAGACGAAUCAUUCGGUGAGGAGGAUUGGGGGAAAAUGCUGAUACUUGACGUGCCGCAUGGAGAAGGCCCGCUACAACCUGCCCCCCCUCUCGACCCUGAAUUCGAUGCUUUUAUUGACACUGUGCUGUUUGGCGGCGAAGAUCCCCUUGCUGAGUUGAGCUGGUUGCCAUCAGACGAACCACAGAACUCUGAACCACUUGGUCUUUCGCUUGGUUCGUGGCCCACCGCAUCAUCAGCAGCUGGCCAGGACGGGAGCGCUCCAUUGAGUACGGCGCAUGAAGGGCCCUUAGUGUCCUCUCGAGUAGCAGGACCUCCUAGGAAAGAGCAUAAUGAGAGAAUCAUCGUUAGGCAGGUGCCAGAUCCAGGCCCCUCAGGUCCCCCAAAUCUACCACGCGGCUCAGCUGCUGAAGUUGCAGCAGGAACCUCUGGCCUGGACGGAAGGGCUCCUGCGCACACGAUGCAUGAAGGGCCCUCAACGUCUCCUCUGGUCCCAAUAAUUCUUAGAAGAGGUCCUACACAGGGAACGAGCGAUAAGCAGGAGCCACACCCAGACCCCUCAACUCCCCAAAAUAUACCACGUGGCCAAGCUGCGGCGCGUCUCCCCAGGAUAGCACCAGCUGCGACACCUGUAGGGGGAGCAGUUCUCUUACAGCAACACCAUUCAAUCAUGCUGCUCUCUUCUCCCACUGCCCCUGCUUCUGUGCCGCAGAUGCCGCUGCCUGCGGGUACCAUGCCAGCAACAGCGUCGGUGCCGCCUUCUGAUGGGGACGCCCUUCUAUAUUUCGAUUGGAUCAGGCACAUGUUUUCGGGGUUUUCUGCGGAGCUUUGGGUGACCCAUCCUUUUUAUCGUUUUCCGGCAGUCCAAGAGACAUCUCCAACUGAGGAGACAGCGACUAUAAGAAGCUUUGAUCUAGCAAUAGCAAUGUCAUUGG